CUAGGUGCCCUUCCCGUAAUUAUCACGCAAUCCCAGCCCCAUUUCCAUCAUCUAAUUCUUACGAGAAUCGGCCAUUGUAUAAAUCUAACACACGCGCUCCUCAGGUCCUUCGUUCUCUCCCUUCCGAUCAAAUUCCAAUCCGAUCACCGGCGACAUCAUUAAUGGGUUCGCGCUACGAAAUAGAGGUGACGAUCCGGUCUGCCCGCGACCUGAAGAACGUGAAUUGGCGAAAGGGCGACCUACGCCCCUACGCCGUGGUCUGGAUCGACUCGUCCGCAAAAAGCUCGACGAAAGUCGACAUCGACCACGACACCGAUCCCGUUUGGGACGAGAAGCUCAUAAUCCCCCUUCCCCCGAAUAUCUCACUCCGCGACGCUACUCUCCACAUCGACAUCGUCCACGCCAACGCUGACGAGGGUAUUAAGCCCCUCGUCGGCUCAGCCCGCCUUUCCCUUUCCGAGGUUGCUGAUGAGGCCGGCAUCGGCGGGAAGCUCGAUCGGACCCUCAAGCUCAAGCGCCCCUCCGGUCGCCCGCAUGGUAAGCUCGAUAUCCGCGUUUCCGUCAAGGAGGACCCUAGGUAUUACGAUCCCUACGCCCAGCCGCCUCCGGCUUACGGGCAAUCCUAUGGAAAUCGUGAGGCCCGCGAUCCAUAUGGCUACGCGCCUCCACCGACAGGUUACCCUUACGGUGGGCCUACCGCGCCUCCAUCUGGGUAUCCCUACGGCGGGCCGGCGUCGGCGCCGUCGCCGGCGGGGUAUCCAUAUGGCGGGCCUCCAGCAGGGUACCCAUACGGAGGACCUCCCGCCGGAGGGCCGCUGGGAGGAAACCCUUACGGAGGUUCACAGCCAGCGUACGGGCAGGUGGCUUCGGGAUCUGGGAAAAAAUCGAAGUUUGGGAUGGGGACCGGAUUGGCCGUUGGGGCGGCAGCGGGGGUACUUGGUGGUUUGGCUUUGGCUGAGGGCGUUGAUUACGUGGAGGAUAAGAUUGAAGAUGAUGUUGCGGAAAGAGUGGAGGAUGAUUACUACGACGACUAUUAGCUGUGUAUUUCUUUGGUUGGGCGAGCAUCGGGUUAUCAAUGCGUGGAUGCUGGGAAUUAUUUAAACUUCGAUGAGUUCUGCUUCUUGUUCUUUUUAUUUACACUUGCGUCAGUGCAUCAGAUCUUUUUAUACUUCUGGUCGUUCAUCUGUAGAAGUUUUAUUCAAAUCAAAAGGCGUGAACUUGAUUAUA